AUGAGUUAAUAUGAGAGAAUAAGACCAAUCGUAUUUUAAAAAGCUCCAGAAGUAAAAUAGGUGAGAUCCAAUUCAUUGGCUGUUCGAUCAUCUCCUUCUAAGUGUUAGUUGGAUUUAUCUUUCGAUUUAUAAGUUAAUUCAACAACUAACAAUGCAAAUUAAGCAUUAAAAGACAUCAACAAUUAUAAGAAGCUUUAUGUGAGUGAAUCGUGUUAGAACAAUAAUAAAGAAAAUUAAUUAUCUGGAAAGCAUUUUUCGUUUAAGGCUGAUGAAAAUUAAUAUUUGAAAUAGAGAAUUAAACAAUUAGAAUCAUAGAAUAACAACUAUGUAUCUGAAAAUAAAAAAUUGGCUCAUGUUUUAGAUUAAUAAAUUCAAUUAAAUCAAUCAUUAUAAGAAUAGCAACAAUCAAAAAAUUAAAUUAUCAAAAAAUUAGAAGAUGUAUAGAAGAUGAAUAAAUAUUAAUAGUCGAAUAAUUCAGAUCUUAAAUAAAUUAAUGAUUAACUGAUUAUAUCUAAGAAGGUAGUAAAUGAUUUAGAGGAAAAAGUAUAAAUUGUAUUAAAUGAAAAUCAAAAAUUAAGCGAAUUAAAUGAAAGAUUUUAAUUUACAGAAAAUCAACUAAAGAUUGAAAUUGAAAAAUAUAAAAGUAAAUGCUCAAUAUUGGAGAGUAAAAUGAAAUAACAACAAGAUGAAUCAAAAUGUUUAGAAUUGUAGAGAAAAAUUAAGAAACAGAAUGAUCAAUUAGAAAUAUUGGCUAGAGAGAACUAUCAAUUGAAAUAAUAGUUAACUUAAAAUAAUAAUCAAGUGUCUCAAUAAGAUGAUAAAUAGUUAUAUGUUCAUAAUGAUAAAUUUAAAGAGACAAUCCAAGAGUUGGAAUGUGAAAAUCAAUACUUACAAUAAAUGAUAGGUAUUGACCAACAAAAGAUGAAUAAUCUUGAGGAAAAACUAAAUUUGUUGACGAAGGAAAAUUAUAGACUAACAGAGAUAGUCAAAAAUCGUCAUAAAUAGCAAUGA